CCUGGCAUGCCAUGGCCCUGCCAGGCCGCCGUAGCCGGCCCGGGCGCAUUUCCCAGCGUGGCGAGGAUCCGCUGUCGGCGGGACUUCCGUGUUGGCGGGAUUCUGAACGCUGCCAUGGCUCAGACGGUGCAGAACGUUACAUUGUCUCUCACUCUGCCCAUCACGUGCCAUAUUUGCCUGGGGAAGGUACGCCAACCUGUCAUAUGCAUCAACAACCAUGUGUUCUGUUCUGUUUGUAUCGAUUUGUGGUUGAAGAAUAAUAACCAAUGUCCAGCUUGCAGAGUCCCCAUCACUCCUGAAAAUCCUUGCAAAGAGAUUAUUGGAGGAACAAGUGAAAGUGAGCCUAUGCUAAGCCAUACAGUCAGAAAGCACCUUCGGAAAACUAGACUUGAAUUACUGCAUAAAGAAUAUGAGGAUGAAAUAGAUUGCUUGCAGAAAGAAGUAGAAGAACUUAAAAGUAAAAAUCUCAGCUUGGAGUCUCAGAUCAAGACCAUUCUAGACCCUUUGACCUCGAUGCAGAGCAGCCAGAAUGAUGACAAACAUCCAGUUGCAGAUAAUCCAAGUAAGAUUGACCAGGAAGUCGUAGCAGAGUGGAAGAAAAAACUCAGAACAGCUAAUGAGAUCUACGAGAAAGUCAAAGAUGAUGUGGAUAAGUUAAAAGAGGCAAAUAAGAAAUUGAAAUUGGAAAAUGGUGGCCUGGUGAGGGAGAAUUUGCGGCUGAAAGCUGAAGUUGAUAACAGAUCACCCCAAAAGUUUGGAAGGUUUACAGUUGCUGCACUUCAGUCUAAAGUGGAACAGUAUGAACGUGAAACCAAUCGCCUCAAGAAAGCUCUCGAACGAAGUGACAAGUAUAUAGAGGAACUGGAGUCUCAGGUGGCACAACUCAAACAGUCAAGUGAAGAGAAGGAAGAAAUGGAUGCAGUUUGCCAGAGAGUACUUUCUGCAGACGGCAAGAGGGACAAAGGCAGUGAGGAGACUGUGGCAUCACAGAGUCAGAGUGAUAGCACCAGAAAGCAGGCUGGCUCUGCUACCUCUGGUUCUCCUCUCCUGGAAAUGCCCUCCAGCAGCCGGCUCUCUGAAACCAGUUCUGUCAGACAGGAAAGUGAUGGCAAGACAGAGCCAGACUGUCCUGAGAACAACGACCUGUACUCCAAGCAAGUAGAAAUGUUAGAUGUCACAGAGACAAGCAUGGAUACUUAUUUGGAAGGAGAGUGGGGUAAUAAGCCAAGUGAUUGUGUGCCCUACAAAGAUGAAGGGCUGUAUGAUCUCCCAGCUCCAUGUACUCCUUUGUCCCUUAGUUGCCUUCACCUAAAUACUCCAGAAAAUAGGGAGACCUCUGUAAUCAAAGCAGGAACCUCCAAAAAGCACUCAAACCAUCUCAGAAAAUUGGUGUUUGAUGACUUUUGUGAUUCUACAAAUGCCUGUAGUAAAGAUUCUUCAGAGGACAGUGUAAGCAGAAGUGAAAAUGAAAAGAAAUCAGAAUGUUUUACUUCCUCAAAGACAGGAUUUUGGGAUUGUUGCUCAACAAGCUAUGCCCAGAGCUUGGAUUUUGAAAGUUCAGAGGGGAAUGUAAUAGCAAAUUCUGUUGGGGAAAUUUCAAAAUUGAGCGAGAAACCAGGCUCAUGCUUAUCUAAGAGGUUGAAUUGUAUUCGCUCUUUUGAAAUCAACAGGACAAGAACAUCCAGUGAAGCAUCAAUGGAUGCUGCUUACCUUGACAAAAUCUCUGAGUUAGACUCCAUGAUGUCAGAGUCGGACAAUAGCAAGAGCCCUUAUAAUAAUGGUUUUAGGUCAGUGGAUAUGGAGGGCUUGUCAAAGCCAUCUCAAGCAAGUGAAUUUCUUGAGGAAUCCGAUAAGUUGGAAGAGAGAACUAAACUGAAUCUUUCUAAAAGUUCUCUAACUACAGAUGAGUUAGAAAAUGGAAAUGAGUGGAAACCCACUUCUUUUUUUCUCCUCUCUUCAUCUGACCAUGAGCUGAAUGAAGAUUUUUUUCUUCAUACCAGUUCUAGUUCAGGAACUAAUGAAAUCAAACCCCCAAGCUGUUUGUUCCAGACAGAGUUCUCCCAGGAUGUUUUGUUAAGCAGCUCCCACCGACUGUUUGAAGAUCAAAGGUUCGGAUCAUCUCUGUUUAAGGUGUCUUCAGAGGUGCACAGCCUUCAUAACCACCUCCAGUCUCCUUGGUCUACUUCCUUUGUUCCUGAAAAGAGGAAUAAAAGUGUGAAUCAGUCAACGAAAAGAAAGAUCCAGAGUAGCCUUUCCAACGCCAGUCCGUCAAAGGCAACUAAAAGCUGACUCACUAGUUAUGUGUCCUUUCUGUUUUUAUCCUAAAAGGAGGAUAAGUGUUUUUACUGUCUUUAUUCACUUCAUAAAAGUUCUGUGUGGCCCUUGUGUCAAGUCAGAAUUGUGGGAUUACCUGUAACUAGUGUCCUUAAGUCAGAUUGAAAAGAUGUGGGUCUUGUCUUUUGGGAAUCUUUUUGACCACAGAAGGUAGGAUUGGUUGGUUGGUUUUUUUUUUUUUUUUUUUUAAUGAAUGUUAUAUGUAUCUGGGUUGGGUGUUUUUGUUAUGUGUGUGUUUCCAGAUCUUAUUUAACUGUUGAGUACCAUGGCCUAUGAAUGAGGUCCAGUUGAGUCACAACUGGGACUUCUUGAAUAAAAUUGUUAGUAUUUGUGUCUGUAUUAGCACUCAGCACACUUGAGUCUCUUUAAAGUUGUUUGCAAGAGGGGAGAUUAUUUUGUGUGCUUUUUUUGAAUUUAUAUUUUGUGAUGGCCUCACUUAUGGUAGGCCAUGAUGGAGAAAUAGCACUCUUGGCCUUUACUAUUUUACUUUUUUACAUUAAAUUUUUUUUUAUAUUUUGUGUAUGUCUGUGUAUCUUAAUAUUGUUCUUUGUGCAGUUCUAGCUUUUAAAGAACAUGCUUAUAGGAAAACAUUCAACUUUUAUGUGUGUUUGUUAAGUCAGAAAUUGAGUAUUUGUUGAAAGGAAGAUAUGAAUCAUUUGGGUUUGGAGGAGCUUAAACAUCUAGCUUCAUUUUUUCACAAGAAUAGGUGGAAGGUCUUGAUCCACUUAAAUCACAAAAAGAGGCUUUUUGAAUGUCUUGUUUGCAUGUUAUUAAUUCUUUGUGGAAAUUGUAUGCAUAAUAACAUUUUUGCUUGUUCCAUUUUCCAUCAUAGGAAUAAGGAAUUCCAAUUGGGUAACAGAAUACCGUUGUGUAGGACAUUUUUUUUUCAUGGAAAAUAAUUGGGGGGGGGGCUAAGAAUAGUUAAGAGCUAAGCACAAUUUCUAGUUAGUCUUUGAAAAAGCAUAUUAUUCUAAACAUGAUUGGUAUGCCUAUAUAGACCUUAACAUGGGUUUGUAUGCUAAUAACUUGUUUAUCUAAUGUGCACUGAACAUUUUACAUUAAAACUGUAUUGUUUUACAUUAAUACUGCAUGCUUUUCUAUGUGAAUUGAAUAAAGGAUGCAAUAUGCA